AUGCCGACUGAUCAUAAUGAUGCGGAGACGAAGGCGGCCAGAGGGACGGAACUGGUCAGUUGCCCCACGGCAAGAACGCGGCAGCUGACAGAUGUUUCGGAUGAGAUUAUGAUGGAAAUCUUGCUGAGGUUUCCGGCAAGGACGCUUGCUUCCUUAAGGAGCGUGUGCAGUUCAUGGAAAAACCUAAUUUCGUCCCCUCCUUUCACCUCUAACCACCUUCGUUCAUGCUUACUUGAUCCAACUUUGACUACGCUACGGAUUGCUUAUUGCACUUGGGCCUACAGAAAUGACGUCAGAUGCGGCAGUAUCGGACUUCUCUCCGUACACUCAAUCUUGGACAAUCCUUCCGAGCCUACUCAAGUCGAUUGCUUCAGGGAACAACGCUACUACGGUAUCAUUGGUUCUUGCAAUGGAUUGUUAUGCUUGGUUGAUGAACAUGCCUUCAAAUACAUGCAUGCCAUCUUGUGGAACCCCUGUACGGGAUUCACAUUCGAAUCUCCGGAAAUCAGCGGCGAAGUACGCUUUUGUGGCUUUGGUUACGAUCAUCUCAGUGACAGUUACAAAAUUUUUGCUACUAUAAGGACGGAAGCGCCAUCUAAUUUUGAGUUUAGUACCAGAAUUUAUACAUUUGGGCCAACUUCGUCAUGGAGAAAAAUCGAUGAUAUCCCAGUAGCCCUAUUUGGUGUCCCAAUUGAUAACCCUAGUUGGGCUGUUAAUAGGGAAGGGGAAUUUUUUGGUAGUAGCAGAUUAUGCACUCUUAAUUGGUGUGUUAAUCACGUCGUUCUUUAUUUUGACUUGGGUAAAGAGACUUAUGGUCAUUUUCCUCUGCCUGGUAGUGAAAUAAACUUAGAUCGUCAUUAUUUUCCAAGGCUGCGCACUCACUUAUGUGUCUUGAGAAACUGCCUUUCUGUUUGUUACGAGGAUAGGAGAACAUUCGAGUGGAUUGUGUGGCAGAUGAAGGAAUACGGAGAUGCUCAAUCUUGGACUAAAUUGGCAGCGAUUCGGGUCCACUUUAAAUUUACUUGUCCAAAUCGAUGUCAUUGUUUACAACCUCUUUACAUCUCGGAAAGUGAUGUUCUUUUAGCAUUUUGUCCAUUUUUAGGCAUAGUUUUGUUUAACUUAAAUGGUAGGAGGAGGUUAGAUUUUCCUCAGAUUGACAGGUCCGGCAUGGGGAACCAUCCUGCUUUUUCUCAAUGUGUCGGGUAUAGGAUGGCUUGUAUCUACCAUGACAGCUUAGUUUCACCAAAUGGUCUUCAAAGCAACUCAUCCAAGAUGCUGCUGCGCUUCAUCAAACCCAAACCCAAACUUAUUGACUCUUAA